AUGGGCUGCUGCUUCUCGAGCGGAAAGGUGACGAUCCCCACGGAGAAAACGAUGGGGGGAGAGGGCCGCGAGGUCCGGGCUCGACACUGGCUCGAGCCCCAGUACGACGGCCGCGACCCCGAGGCCACGUACGCCGAGUUCCUGGAGCGGUUCGACGACGAGCAGGACGAGCGCUCCCGCCAGAUGGAGAUCAGGGACGGGCCGCGCUGGAAGACGUACCCGAACGGGGAGCGGCAGUACAUCAACCGCACCCAGCCGAGGAUCCGAGUCCGGCAGACUUAUAAGAGCGAGGACUCGAGGAUGAAGACGUACGACUAG